UUCUCCGCGGACUUUCUUCAGACCAGACCAAAUAAUAAACCGCCGAUAUCCGCUACAAGAAGUGGCGAAUAAGUGAACUGAGUUUGUUCGGCCGAGUAUCAUGAGAUUGGCUUUAGUGACCAGUUGAUCGUUUUAUUUAAAUGUGUUAACUAUUUCGCCUCUUUUCCCUUUCAUUUGCAUUUUUUAUCUGGAGUUAAGUGUGUCAUAUUUUGUUUUUGGAUUAACUUGUGAUAAUAUGAUUCCACGAGAAACGACUUGCUAUUUACUUGUUUUGGCCAGUUGCCUUCUAAUAUCCACCGUUCAGUCACAAGGAGAAAGAGCCUAUGAUACAAGCGAUUGGAUCCCGAUCACUUCCUCAUCAGUCCAAUCCAGCGCUUCAGAAAUAGUGGAACAAAAAAUUGCCAGCGACCGAGUUCUCAGUUUAGAAUCACCUGAACAAAAGUUCUUUCCUGAUGAGCAGUACCAAAGACCAAACCAAGUACAGCAAUUUAUAGCAGUACCCAGAAAGCCAUUUGACUAUCCCAGACCGAGAAAACUGAAGCACCCUAGUGAUUACAAGUAUGAAAUUCCUCCACCUCCCCCCUCAAAAGCCUUGCCACAGAUUAACUAUUAUAAUGCAGAGCAGUUGGUAUCCUUUUCUGAACCAUCCAAACCAAAAUAUUACGAGAUAAGCAAUCAACCGUCUAAUAAGUAUGCCCCUGUACCUAGUGUAAACCCUCAGGUUCCAAGCAUUCAUGCACAAAGUAUUUAUGAACAAUAUCAGCUACCAUUCAAUAAUAGUUUCUAUCAAUCACUAAAUCCUGCUGCCAUCAACAAUGAUUUUUAUCAAGCUGUUAACAAAAACACUGAACAGAAAGUUCCAGUGGAACGUGAAAAUGUUCAACUAGUGUACGUUCCAGUGGAGAAUCUGUCCACACCUCACAAAGAGCCUCCCAAUAUACCACCAAAAGCAGAACAGCUAGUCUACAAUAGUUCCCCGGCUCCUUUGUAUAAUCCUGUUCAAGAAACGCUAGUGGCUUCUAAUCCAAAAAGCGACAACAAGCAAGCCCGGUUACAAACCAUCCAACAAGAUUUUAUUCAACAAGCACUACAGGCACAUAAAUUGCAACAGCAAUUACGAGAUGAUAUUAAUCCAAUUCAACAAGAAAUUAUUUCAACAACCACACCGAAGCCUAGAAAGAAGCCGCAUCAACCCCCACUUGCAGUAUUUUUAGAAUCAGGUAAAAAAGCCGAAAUUUCAGAUGUAUUGAACAUACUGAAAGAUGCAAAAAGCAUUUCUGUACAAGAUUCCAUAUCUCAAAGUAGCCCUCAGAUAUUCAUAGGACCGUCGAAUCUGGAAUCUCCCGAGGGUUACACCAAAUUUCCGUUGCCGUAUUUAAAUAAUGUUAAUGGCAAUCGAAUUGAGCGUAAAAUCGAUCAGCUACCAUUCUUUGUAGCUCCAGUCAGCUAUAAAGCACCACCGGGUUAUGCUAAGAUUUCUUUACCUUCACCACAUGUAGGAAGCGUAGUAGUUUCCAUACCAUCACCAAUCUCUUCCACCACCCCACAUCCACAGCUUGAUACAUAUAAUUUUAAUUUGCCACAACAAAAUAUUCUAAAUGGUUAUGACAUUGUUAAUGAAAAUAGUAACCUAUAUCAAAGCACACCAGAACCUCCAUCUGCAUCAACACGACAACCUCAACACCAUAUGCAGGAAAAUAGUUAUAACACGAGGCAUUCAAUUCAAAAUAGCUAUAGCACUAGUCAACCAGAUUUAUAUUAUGUUCAAGAGCCACAAAUAUAUAACAGUCAAACUUAUGAACCAAAACAAGAACCCGUAAGAUCCACCACUCAGCUACCAAAUAUAAACCCAUUAGAGUUGGCCAUUAACGAGUUUGAACUUCAUCAAAUCAAUGAGCAAACUGAAGAGCAUAAUAAAGUAAAACACUCUACAACGAGAAGACCGUUAACUAGAUACGACGAUAGUCAAACUGUGUCUAGUACUCGCGCACCUACCUCAAGAGGCAGGUUUAGUUAUGAAAAUGACCAAACUACUGAAAGGGCUGUUUCUAGAGGUAGGGUCAGAGGAAGAGGUAGAGGCAGUACCACAACAACUACUAGUACGACCCCUAUUAGUGCUGAUCGUGAUAGAUAUACUGUUUUAGAAGAAUUUGUGGCUAGGAGACCAAGUACAGAAAGCUACCAAGAGCUAGGUACAGAAGCGCCUAGAAGGUCUACACCAGGUUUUAAAGGCAAUCCCUAUUUACCUGAACAAGCCGUCGAAGUUGAUCAAAGACCCGCUUUUGAUAAUGCUCAAUAUGAAACUCCUACACAAGUUAGACAGCAACCAAAUGUACAAAUUGAAAAUAUUCCCGCAAACGUGUACAGUUUAGGACAAACUACGUAUGAAAAUGAAAACUUUAACAGACCAGGGUUGACUUACACCAAAAUAACUGAUGAGAGCUUUGAAGAAAAGCAAGUGACUACCGAAGCUAUUGAUUCAGGUUUUGAACAAGCGGUGCACCCUCAAGGCCACAGGUUUAGUCCAGAGGUUGUGAGUUAUGAAAAUAGAGAACCAGUUAGACAUAGACCUAGUGAGGAACCAGUUCAACGUCAGCGCUUAGAAGAAAUUAUCAAAAAUCCUGUGCAGUCUAGCCAGCAAAAGGAAGACAAAUCAAAAUCGGCUUUUCUUGAUAAUCUAUUUCAACCUAACUUUGACCAGGCCUAUAUAAGCUUACAAGACCAAGCUGUAAGAUCAUUACUGGUUCCUAAUCUGUUAGCACCAUCCUCUAAAGAACAAGAUUCUCCUUCGGAAUUUAGAGACAGUGAAAUCAAUCAACAAGCUCACUCCACUGAAUCUGCAUUUAUAGAAACUUCACCAAGCACAGAGCCUACUACAACAACAACUACUAAAACACCCAGAUCAAGAGGCAGAGGACGAUCGAGAAUAACAACAACGACCACUAAUUCCCCAAGACGAGGCUCUAAUAGAAGACGCCCUGGUGCUAGUAGAACUAGCACAACAGUUCCACCACCACAACCAAACACAGACGACUAUUAUAGUGAGGACAAUAUACGGUUCAGACCACGUCAGAAUGAAAUAACUGACAGAAUAUCAACUACAGAAAACGAUGUGAGAUUUUAUGGAGGAGCUAAUAUGGAAACUAAUAAUAAUAAUGCAAAUCAAGAUAAAUCAUUUAUACAGUUUGAGGAUCAACAAACUAUUACUAUCAAGCCAACUGGAGCAGAGCUGUCUGAAAAAACAUCAGGUGCUGUAGAAUAUGAAAAUUCUAGAGAGCAAUCAAACCCAGUUUUGUUAGAUUAUGAAAAUAUUAGGGAGCAAUCACGUUUAUCUGUGUCAGAUUAUCAAACUUCCAGGCUGCAACCCCGACCACCUGCAUCAGAAUAUGAAAACGUUCGAGAGCAAUCACGCCCAGCUGUGCCAGAUUAUGAAAAUACCAGGGUGCAAUCACGCCCAGCUAUUCCAGAUUAUGAAAACAUUCGGGAGCAAUCACUCCCACCUGUAGCAGAUUAUGACACUACCAGGGUACAACCACAGCCACCUGCGUCAAAAUAUGGUCAAUCACGCCUAGCUGAGUCAGGUUAUGAAAAUACCAGGACACAACCACGCCCAGCUGUUCCAGAUUAUCAAAAUAUUAGAGAACAAUCACAACCAGCCAAAUUAGAAUAUGAAAAUACUAGAUUGCAAUCACGUCCAGAGGUGUCCGAUUAUGAAAACACUAGAGUGCAACCACUAUCAGUUGCAUCAGAUGAUGAAAACAUCGGAAAGCAAACCCGCCCAGCUAAAUUAGAACACGAAAAUACUAAAAUUCAACCUCACCGAGCUACAUCAGAUUAUGAGAACAUAAGGGAGCAACCACGCCCAGUUGUGUCAGAUGAUGAAAUCAUUAAGGAACUACCGCGUCCAACUGAGUUAGAAGUUGAAAACAGUAGGGUGCAAUCGUACCCAACUGUGUCAGAUUAUGGAAAUACUAGAUUGCAGUCACGUCCAGUUGCUACUGAUGACCGCAUUCCUAAUAAGUCUAGUGAAGAGGAUAACUAUAUCAGGCAUAAUGCCAAUAUAAAAUCUGGUGGGGUCAUUAAUAAUCGCAAAAGUGAAACUACUACUGUAAGAACCAGAGGUCGCACGAGAGGCAGAUCUAGGUUCGCUACUUCUACAACGACUUUUAGGCCUGUAACGAGAAUUUCUACUAGACCCACGGCUUUACCAGCACGAGUUACUACUACAGAAGAGCCUGAGUCAUAUGGAUUCACAAGACAGCCGAGCUAUACCCCGUCAAAUCUUAAUAUUCAAGCCAAAAAACCUGUGCAGUUUGUGGGUGAAAUCAGACCAAAGUAUACAAGACCAACCGCUGCAUCUUCAGUGGAAGAAAAGGAAGAAGUUGAAACACCUAGACCAAGGAUUAGAUCAAGAACCAGAGUCCCAACUAAAAAACCUACCAGCAAUAUUAGACAAAGUGAAAAUGUUAUUAAUAGAAGUACUGAACAAGUUACUAGAAGAUCUGGAAGUACGACAAGAACACGAGGUCGUACCCAUUAUAGACCUCAAGAAAACGUGAAACGCGAAAGUGACGAUGAAGAUGUAGCCAACCAAAACUACCCGUUGAACUUUUUGCAAAAGCUAGAAAGCUCUUCACUAAGGCCACUUAAAGAGUUUAGAGUAACUGUGGAUCCACUUGACGAAGAAGAUGAUCAAUCGCCACAUCCAUCGCUCUUUAGUCCAAAGUUUGUCCCAAAGCCGAAUAGCUUGCCUACAGAAGGUAAACCAAACUAUAAAGAAAAAACUGAAAUUCUUUUGGCUACUGUUGAUCCUGAAGCUUUAGCAGUCAGUUAUACUACCACCGAAGAUUCCAGUGAAGUGACAGAAAGCGAAAUUAAUAAAGUUAUGGAAGAGCUGGAGAAAAUUCAAACAUUUCCGACUGAAGAACCAAGUGAAGUAACAACAAAAAUAGGUCGCCGUAGAGGGAUUUGGAAGCUUGUAAGGGCAAAACCAUUAGAUCCUUUAGAGGUUUCAGAGUCUCAAAAUUACGAAACGGUAUUAAAUGCUUUUGGCACUAUUGAAAAAGUCGAUCCUUAUGCGAAAAGUACGGUUAAAGAAGACAAGUGGCAAAAUUUUAAAGAAAUGGAUGAAGAUAUUACUACAGUGAGUACCAUAAAUACUGAAGCUAAUACCGAAGCUGUUACUACCGAACCAAGAACAUCUUCCACGCUAUCUACAACAAAAACUCAAGAAAAUAUUUUUGAUGCAAUUUAUGAAAUGUUUGGUGUAUUUAAAACACCAGAAAAUGCAACAGAAAUUAUUCCCACAACUACUAUUUCAACCCCCACUUUUCCUGAAGAAAUAACAGAGGAAGAAGUAGCGGCCACCGAUUCAACCACAUUGGUGAUGGAGGAGGUCAAAUCAUCAACUAAACCUUACGAGGUAGAGCCUUGGCAAAUGAGGGAGGUCAAAACAUCCACCUCGACGGAGGUAUCUCACGAAACAGAAAUUUGUUAUAAAGGGAGAUGUGUCAAGUCUAAAGAUAAAAAAAAGAUAAAAUAACUUCUACUGACUGAAUAACUAUUGUAAAUAAUGCGUGCGUGUAUGUGAUAGAUGUAUUUAUUAUAAAGUGAAAAACAGUGGAGGUAUUAUUGGGGUUGUUUAGGGAUUAUAUGCUUUUCCUUAAAGUUGUUUUAUAUAAUUUAGCUUUAAGUUAUUUUCAUGUAUUUAUUCUGUUUAUUAAUUAAAACAAUAAUAUAUUAUUA